AUGGAAGAGCAGCUUGCUGAAUGUCGUGAAGUCUUCGCCUACUUCGAUGGAAAGGGCGACGAACGCAUCAGCGUGCAACAAGUUGGAGAUGUUCUUCGCGCUCUCGGACAAAACCCCACUGAAGCUGAAAUCUCAAGAUGUUGUGCUAAUUUCGAUAAAGAAGCUCGUUUAACUUUCGAAGAUUUCGUUCCAAUCUUCCAAACCGUCAGCAAAGUCAGAGGAAAGCACACUCCAGAAGAGUUUGUAGAAGGUUUGGCUCAUUUUGACAAAGAAGGAAAUGGACUUAUUAACGUAGCCGAGUUGAGACAUUUGUUGACCACAUUAGGCGAAAGACUGACCGACGAAGAAGUCGAUCAACUUCUAGCCGGACAUAACGAUUCUCGUGGAAACAUCAAUAUCAGCGAUUUCAUCCGUACUGUCAUGAACUCUUAA